AUGUAUAACAUGAUUUACCUACUAAGCUUCAUUAGUUUAAGUUCAGCAAUAGUUAUAGACCAUUCACAAGGUUUCUACAAGGACGCUUAUAGGGCAGAAGAUGGUAACGCAUGGCAAAUGGUGAAAACUUACCAUCCGGCGCGUACGCAGAGGGUAUACAACUAUGAUACAUAUGCGUACCCUAAAUACGAAUUUGAGUAUGCCGUAUCAGACAAAAAGACUGGUGACCAUAAACAUCACCAUGAAGAACGUGAUGGGCACAGAGUGCGUGGUGCAUACAGUUUGGUCGAAGCUGACGGUUCAUUGAGGGAAGUGCACUAUGACGCGGAUGACUACAAUGGAUUCAAUGCAGUCGUUAGCAAAAGUGUUCUCAACCACGGAGAUGACGCGUUCUCCAUUCAUGGACACACACGCCAAUUCUUUCCCAUAGGCAGUGGAGUAAAAAUCAACCACUACUUCCCCAGCAAAGACGUGCCAAAAGAAGAAGAAAAUCAAAGUAAACCCGUUACUGAAGCAUCAAUACCAAGAGAGGUAAUUGUACCGGAAUUAUUAGACGAAGCUGAAAAAAUGAUACACUUAGAACCAAUUGAAGAGACGCCAGCAACUCCAAUCGUUAAAAUCGAAACACUGGAAGACCCAAAAAUCCAAGUACUUCCAAUCAUACCAAAAGCUGAAGAUAAUGUUAAAGUCAAUGACAAUAUUGUUCAGAUGCCCGUAGUUGAGAAAUCUUUAAGUUAUCCAAUUGAAGCAGUUGUUGAAAAGAAAGCAGAAUCCAAACCACACGAAAGCCAAGACUCUGAGGCUGCGUCAUCUUAUUAUCAUUCUAAAAUUUAUUAUAUCGCAGUUAUCUGUGCAGUGGUAGCGCUAUCCAGCGCUGGUCUCGUGCAUCAUGCACCAGCUGUAUCAUCUCAAAACAUCAUCCGCCAUGACAAUGUGCAUGAAACACCUAUACAUUACGAAGAACCAGUUCAUGCUGUUCCCGCUUACCAUUCCGCCCCAGCUGUCCACGCUUCAUCUGUAGUGCAUGCUGCUCCAGUGUACCAUGCCGCCCCAGUUCACGCUGCCCCCGUACAUUCUGCGCCAGCAUACCAUGCAGCACCAGUCCAUGCUGCUCCAGCAUACCAUGCAGAACCAGUCCAUGCUGCGCCAGCCUACCAUGCAGCACCAGUCCAUACCGCACCAGUAUACCAUGCAGCACCAGUCCACGCCGCUCCAGCGCACGUAGAAGACCACUACGUUGAUGAAUACUUCGCAGUUCUCUGUCUCUUGGUGGCAGCAUGCCAAGCUGGUCUCAUCAACGAGGGACACUCCGCCGUCUCCUCUCAGAGCAUUGUUCGUCAUGACCAGCCAACUCUUGGUGCUACCCACUAUGCUCCAAUUGUAUCCCACGCAACUCCCCUGAUCCAUGCCCCCAUUGUCCAACAUGUAGCUCCUAUUGCCCAUGCUGCCCCGAUUGCUAUCGCUCGUGAACACGUUGAAGAACAUGCUCCAGCCCACUACGAGUUUUCUUACUCAGUAGAAGACCCCCACACCGGCGACCACAAGUCCCAGCACGAAAGCCGCGAAGGUGAUGUGGUAACUGGACAAUACUCCCUCGUCCAACCUGAUGGUGCUGUCAGGACCGUGGAGUACACAGCCGAUGCUCAUUCUGGAUUCAACGCUAUUGUACACAACUCUGGCCCAUCAGAACAUGCCGCUGCAGUAGCUCAAGCACCCAUAGUUCAUGCUGCACCAGUUAUACACUCUGCCCCUAUUGUCCACGGUGCCCCCAUCGUACAUGCCACUCCUAUUGUGCAUGCUGCCCCCAUCAUUCACCAUGCCCCAAUUGUGCACGCUCCCAUCCUGACUCACCAUUAA